AAUAGUCCACCUAAAACAAAUCCCCCACUCCUACUAACAACUAUCAUACGUUAACCUACUAAUCAUAUGUAAGGAAGAAAAAAAAAAAGAAAACAUUAGCCAGUUGUUACCCCAAAAAAUUUGGGAAGUGGGAGAGUUGGUUGGGUAGUUGGAGGAGAGAUGAGUGGUGAUAAUGAAGAAACAAGUGUAAGAGACGGCGGUAGGUAAAACAGAGGAAAGAAGCUCAAUCACUAGAUAGACAUGUCUACCCUCUCUUUCUCUCUUUUUAUUGAGAGCUACCAAACCACUAGCAAGUAGCAACAACCUACUACCCUGCUACUUCAUUCUACUACAUUUCUUUAUUUAUAAUUUCAUUCUACUUGUUCACAGCCUGGUUAAUUCUUUAACUAAAGAUUUCUUUUCUUAUUUGUUCCUUUCUCUGCUCAUUUCUUUCGCUGAAAUCACUAAAUCACCGAAUCAUUUUAAAUGGCUCAAGAAGUAGUGAACCCAGAAGAGCAGGUUGUUCUUGGAGAAGAAAUAAGCCAUGUGAGGCUGAUCACUUUGAACCGGCCCCGUCAACUGAAUGUUAUUUCAUCCAAAGUGGUUUCUCUGCUGGCAGAUUUUUUCGAGAAAUGGGAGAAAGAUGACAAUGCGGAGCUUAUAUUAAUCAAGGGUGCUGGUCGAGCAUUUUCUGCUGGCGGAGAUCUAAAAAUGUUUUAUGAUGGCCGGACAUCAAAGGAUUCUUGCCUUGAUGUGGUUUAUAGAAUGUAUUGGCUUUGUUAUCACAUCCAUACAUAUAAGAAAACCCAGGUUGCUCUUGUUAAUGGAAUCUCAAUGGGAGGCGGUGCAUCUUUGAUGGUUCCAAUGAAGUUUUCAGUUGUCACUGAAAAAACAGUGAGCGUUUUUGCAACUCCGGAAGCAAGCAUUGGAUUUCAUACUGACUGUGGUUUCUCAUACAUGCUUUCCCAUCUCCCUGGAAAUUUGGGAGAAUUCUUAGCUUUAACUGGAGCAAGGCUGAAUGGUAAGGAAUUGGUUGCUGCUGGACUGGCAACCCACUUUGUUCCUUCUGAGAAAAUGCCUGAGCUAGAGAAACAUCUGAUCAGCUUGAACUCUGGUGAUGAAAAGGCAGUCAAAUCUGUUUUAGAAGAAUUCUCCAUCGAUGUUCAGCUCGAGAAAGAAAGUAUUUUGAACAAGCUAUCAAUAAUUGAAAAGUGCUUUUCUAAGCAUUCUGUGGGGGACAUCAUCAAAACAUUUGAAGCUGAGGCAGGUAACGAGGGCAAUGAAUGGAUAGGAUCGGUACUGAAAGGGUUGAAAAGAUCAUCCCCUACAGGAUUGAAAAUCACACUUAGAUCGAUCCGUGAAGGAAGGAAGCAGGGAUUGGCUGAAUGUCUUAAGAAAGAAUUCAGACUAACAAUGAACAUACUCCGGACCACAAUAUCUGCAGAUGUUUAUGAGGGUAUCAGGGCUCUCACCAUUGACAAGGAUAAUGCUCCUAAGUGGGAUCCACCAACAUGCGAUAAAGUGGAUGAUGCAAAAGUGGAUUUGGUAUUUCAGCCAUUUAAAGAGGAUUUGGAGCUUCAGACUCCAGAAAUAGAAGCCUGCAGGUGGGGUGGCAAAUACGAGAAUUCAUCCUAUGCAACAUUGAAGGUGACACAACAAUAAACGCCUAUUCACAAGCAUGUUCUUUGAAAUUAUCUACGAAUUCUGCAAGCACUUGCUUGUAGCAAUUGUCUAAUAUCAGGCACCACUGAUGAGCAUUUCACGACUCUAGUUUUGCAUGCUCUGCUUUAUUUUUCUCCUUGAGAUACUGUUACUCAUACUUAACUGAAAGUGCAACUUCAGUAUAUAAAUCUUUACUUAAUAGUGGUGGGACCGUUAAAUGAUCUGUCCUGGAAGCUUCACAACAAACUUGGAAAUUAGACUGUUGAACAAAUUAGUACAUAAUAUUUUAACAGUUAUUUCCGCUUGAUCA